ACUUCUACCGGCAUUUUUCCAUACAGCGAAAAGACAUGUCUAAGUAAUGUCCAAAAUGUAUUUUACAAGUGUUAUAUAGGUUAGUAAACUUAUUUCUUCCGUAUCCAUACCAUAAUUUGUUAGAGUGAAUCAGUUUAAACCGAGGUUCGAGGGACUGUCAACUUAAGAAUAAUAAUGCAUCCCGCCCGGCGCUGUUCAUCGCUGUUUCAUCGAGACCUGGCCGCAGUCUGUCUGUCAUCACUGGGGACACAUCCAAAGAAAUCCGGUCCGCUGAAGGAAAGCAGCCUUCCGAGUUCACGACUCUGUGUUCAUCCUUCUCCAACCAGGUCCAACUCCUCACCCGUUCUUCUCGGUUCUUUUCAAGUGUGUCAGAUGGGCAGUAGCAGCAGCAGUAGACUCUUCAGUACUCUGGCCCAGACUUUGAGCAGCUCUGCAUUGUCAGACCCACAUGUGGAUCCUGAUGACUAUGAGUAUGAGCCGGCCGACCCAGAUGCGCUGUUGCGGGAGUGUGAGGAGGUUUUGAGGAACCGGCCCCCUCGACUGCACCGAGACUUUACUAUGACCAGAUCCUGCUCACUGCAGAACGCACCCCUCCGCAUCAUGCAGUGGAACAUCUUAGCACAAGCUCUGGGUGAGGGCAAGGACGGUUUUGUGCGCUGUCCGAUGGAGGCAUUGAACUGGUCUGAGAGGAAGUAUCUGAUACUGGAAGAGAUCCUUACCUACAGGCCGGAUGUGCUGUGCCUGCAGGAGGUUGACCACUACUUCGACACUUUCCAGCCUGUGCUCGCCAGCUUGGGCUACCAGAGCAGCUUCUGCCCCAAGCCGUGCUCUCCCUGCCUGGACGUUCACAAUAACAACGGCCCCGACGGAUGCGCUCUGUUCUUCAACCGCCGUCGCUUCCAGCUGCUCCACACCACUCACCUCAGGCUCUCCGCCAUGAUGCUCAAAACCAACCAGGUGGCCGUCGUGGUGACGCUUCGCUGCCGGCUCACAGGUCGAGUCUUCUGCGUGGCAGUGACGCACCUGAAAGCGCGGAGCGGGUGGGAGGCGUUUCGUAGUGCACAGGGGGCUCAUCUCCUCCAGCAACUCCGCGACAUAACCGCACAGUCAUACCCAGAGGUGGAUCAGGAAAACCGGACUAGGGUUGGGGAAAGUGAACAGGGUAUUCCGUUGGUGGUAUGUGGGGAUUUUAACGCGGAGCCGAGCGAGGAAGUGUACAGGCGCUUUAUGACUUCUCCGCUGGGGCUAGACAGUGCUUACAAGUGUCUGAGUGAGGACGGGACCACAGAGCCGCCCUACACCAGCUGGAAGAUCCGGCCCAGCGGAGAGAGCUGCUCCACAUUGGACUACAUUUGGUACUCGGAAAGAGCGUUCCAGGUGGACGCUGUGCUCAGGAUCCCGAGUGAAGAGCAGAUCGGGCCGGACCGGCUUCCGUCGUACCAUUACCCCUCUGAUCAUCUGUCACUGGUGUGUGACCUUAGCUUCAGUCAGCAGCCUCAUAGGCUCAUGUAGCUGUCAAUCAUUAGUGCUCUCCAAUAGGGAUCUAUUGUCUGAAUGUGAGAAUGCAUUAUUUGUAUUAUUGCUCAGAAUGUAAAUUAUCUUAUUCACAUAAACUUUAUUUUUACCUGCUUAUGUAGGUCGUAAUGCACCCCUGUGCACAUUAUUUUCCUUAGAGGUUAAUUAUUAUCAUGCUCUUGUUUGUUAUACAGAGGUUGUGCAAUAUACUGUAAUUUAUUAAGUGUUAAAGGAUGAUCUCAGGAAGAGGCACAUUCUCAAUUAAAAGAUUCCAGAAGUGAAAGAACAUUUAUAUUUAUAUUGACUGUACUUUUUUCUUUUAGUAGCACUGUAAUCAUCAAUAUGUUUGCCACUGACCAAUAAUACAAAACAUAACAGUGCA